AUGAAAGGUAAAAACAAACACCAGUCCUCUGAAUCCAAAGAAACCAAAAAAGACUAUACCACAGCAAUUCUUGAAAGAAAAAAAGCACCAAAUAGACUCAUAGUUGAUGAUUCAACAAAAGAUGAAAACUCCAUUGUUUUUCUCAAUCCAGAAACUAUGGAAAAACUUCAACUAUUUCGCGGCGACACUGUUUUAAUCAAAGGAAAAAGAAAAAGAGAUACAAUUAGUACAGCAGAAGUUGAUGAAACAUGUGAAGAACCAAAGAUUCGUAUGAACAAAGUUGUUAGAAACAACCUACGAAUUCGUUUAGGUGAUAUUGCUUCUGUCCAUCUUUGUAGUAAUAUUCAAUAUGGUAAACGUGUGCAUGUUCUUCCUAUUGAUGAUACUAUUGAAGGUUUAACAGGUGAUCUUUUUGAGGUUUAUUUAAAACCUUAUUUUACUGAUUCUUAUCGUCCGUUAAGAAAAGGUGAUAUUUUUAAUGUUAGAGGUGGGAUGAGGAGUGUGGAAUUUAAGGUUGUGGAAACUGAUCCACCUGAUUAUUGUAUCGUUGCUCCUGAUACGGAGAUUUUUAUCGAGGGUGAUCCGAUUAGAAGGGAAGACGAGGAACGAGCAUUAGACGAGAUUGGAUACGAUGAUGUUGGUGGUGUUAGGAAACAAAUGGCGCAAAUUCGCGAGUUGGUUGAGUUGCCAUUGAGACAUCCACAGCUAUUUAAGUGUAUUGGUGUGAAACCGCCUAAAGGGAUUCUUUUGUAUGGACCACCUGGUUCAGGGAAAACGACUAUAGCCCGAGCUGUGGCUAAUGAAACUGGUGCAUUUUUCUUGGUUAUUAAUGGACCUGAGAUUAUGUCUAAGAUGGCUGGAGAGAGUGAGGCUAAUUUGAGGAAUGCUUUUGUGGAAGCUGAAAAGAAUGCACCUUCUAUAAUUUUCAUUGAUGAGGUUGAUUCUAUCGCGCCUAAUAGAGAAAAGACUAAUGGAGAGGUAGAAAGGAGGAUUGUUUCGCAGCUUUUGACAUUAAUGGAUGGACUUAAGUCGCGUGCACAUGUUGUCGUUAUGGCUGCAACGAAUAGGCCUAAUAGUAUUGAUCCUGCAUUGAGAAGGUUUGGGAGAUUCGACAGGGAAAUUGAUAUUGGUGUGCCUGAUGAGGUUGGUCGCCUUGAGAUUCUUCGUGUUCACACGAAGAACAUGAAGUUGGACGAGGAUGUUGAUUUGGAAAUGGUUGCAAAGGAUACACAUGGUCAUGUUGGUGCUGAUUUAGCAGCAUUGACUACUGAGGCCGCGCUUCAAUGCAUUAGGGAAAAGAUGGAUGUGAUCGACAUGGAAGACGAAACUAUUGAUGCUGAAGUACUCAAUUCCAUGGCAGUUAAUAACGAACAUUUCAAGGCUGCUUUAGGAACAACAAAUCCCUCUUCUCUUCGUGAGACAGUCGUUGAAGUUCCAAACGUUUCAUGGGAUGAUAUUGGAGGGCUUGAGACAGUUAAACGCGAGCUUCAAGAGACAGUUCAGUAUCCAGUGGAACAUCCUGAAUUGUUUGAGAAAUUCGGGAUGUCUGCUUCAAAGGGUGUUCUGUUCCAUGGUCCGCCCGGGUGUGGUAAAACUCUGCUGGCUAAGGCAGUCGCGAACGAAUGCCAAGCAAACUUCAUCAGUGUCAAAGGUCCUGAAUUGCUUACAAUGUGGUUCGGAGAAAGUGAGGCUAAUGUCAGAGAACUUUUCGAUAAGGCACGCCAAUCUGCACCUUGUAUUCUAUUCUUCGACGAGUUAGACUCAAUUGCUAUUAAGAGAGGAAGUUCAGUAGGCGAUGCUGGUGGCGCUGCUGAUAGAGUAUUGAAUCAACUCCUAACCGAAAUGGAUGGAAUGAAUGCCAAGAAAACCGUUUUCGUUAUAGGUGCAACCAAUCGGCCAGAUAUUCUUGAUCCUGCACUUUUAAGGCCGGGGCGCCUUGACCAAUUGAUAUACAUUCCUCUCCCUGAUGAAGAAUCAAGACACCAAAUUUUUCGCGCAUGCUUAAGAAAAUCACCUGUUUCUAGCAAAGUAGACUUGAGACAUCUAGCCAAGUUAACUGAAGGAUACAGUGGAGCAGACAUUACUGAAAUAUGUCAACGCGCUUGUAAAUACGCGAUCAGGGGAGAAAUCGAAAAGGAUAUUGAGAGGGAGAAGAAGAGAAUGGAGAAUCCUGAUAUAAUGGAGGAAGAUAUUCAAGAAGAGGUUGCAGAAAUUAAGGUUGAACAUUUUGAGGAAUCAAUGAAGUUUGCUAGGAGAAGUGUUAGUGAUUUGGACAUUUUAAAAUACCAUGAUUUUGCUCAGUCUUUGCAACAAUCAAGAGGUUUUGGUAGUGAAUUCAAGUUCACAAAUAAUAAAACUGAUGCUAAUGCUGCUAAGGAAAAUCCUUUUGAGAAUUCUGUUGCAGCUGAAGAUUGUGAUGCUGAGUUAUAUGAUUAG